UUCAUAUUAAAUACGUCCAGACAUUUAACCCUAUACGAUCAUUCGAGACUCUUCAUCUCUCUUCCUAUAUCUUUCUUCUACGCCCUCUGUAUCCCGUCUUCCUCUAUCUUUCAUUUCCCGUCUUCCUCUAUCUUUCCGCAGUUCAAAUGUCGUCUACAUUUACCGGCAUGACAUCUGCUGGGCCAUUGGCUGCUCCCAGAAGCCGUGUGAUGGACAGCAAGCUUGCAGCCUCUUCGAACAAGUUGUCUUCUCUUGCUUCACAACCUUUUGGGAGGAGAAAUGUUGUUUUACAGAAACCACGCUCAUGCACAAUAACUGCUGCCGCCAAAGAAUUGCAUUUCAACAAAGAUGGAUCAGCUAUUAAGAAGCUCCAAACGGGUGUUAAUAAGCUCUCCGAUCUAGUUGGGGUUACCCUUGGUCCUAAGGGAAGGAAUGUUGUUCUUGAGAGCAAGUAUGGCGCUCCAAAAAUUGUUAACGAUGGAGUUACUGUGGCAAAAGAGGUUGAGCUGGAAGAUCCAGUGGAGAACAUUGGCGCUAAGCUUGUUAGGCAAGCUGCAGCCAAAACCAAUGAUUUGGCUGGUGAUGGGACAACAACAUCAGUCGUUCUUGCACAGGGCCUUAUUGCUGAAGGUGUUAAGGUUGUUGCAGCAGGUUCAAACCCUGUCUUGAUAACCAGAGGAAUUGAAAAAACAACAAAAGCUUUAGUCUCUGAGCUUAAAAACAUGUCAAAAGAGGUGGAGGACAGUGAACUAGCAGAUGUCGCAGCUGUAAGUGCUGGAAACAACUAUGAAGUGGGAAAUAUGAUUGCUGAAGCCAUGAGCAAGGUUGGUAGGAAAGGGGUAGUGACUCUUGAAGAGGGUAAAAGUGCUGAAAACAGUUUACGUGUUGUUGAGGGAAUGCAAUUUGACCGAGGUUAUAUUUCACCAUACUUUGUAACUGACAGUGAGAAAAUGGCUGUUGAGUUUGAGAACUGUAAGUUGCUGCUGGUUGACAAAAAAAUAACAAAUGCAAGGGAUCUUAUUAAUGUGUUGGAAGACGCUAUCAGAAGUGGUUAUCCAAUUUUGAUAGUUGCUGAAGAUAUUGAGCAAGAGGCUCUGGCAACCUUGGUGGUUAAUAAGCUUAGGGGUGCAUUGAAGGUUGCUGCUCUGAAAGCUCCCGGAUUUGGUGAGCGGAAAUCUCAGUAUCUUGAUGAUAUUGCAAUUCUCACUGGAGGAACUGUGAUUAGGGAAGAGGUUGGCCUUACAUUAGACAAGGCUGACAAGGAAGUCCUUGGUACUGCUGCUAAGGUAGUCCUAACUAAGGACUCCACAACCAUUGUUGGUGAUGGUAGCACUCAAGAAGCAGUCAAUAAACGUGUUGCACAGAUUAAAAAUCUUAUAGAGGCUGCAGAGCAAGAUUAUGAGAAGGAAAAACUGAAUGAAAGAAUUGCAAAAUUAUCAGGGGGUGUUGCUGUCAUUCAGGUUGGGGCACAAACUGAAACAGAAUUAAAAGAAAAGAAGCUUAGAGUGGAAGAUGCUUUAAAUGCUACAAAGGCUGCUGUUGAGGAAGGCAUUGUUGUUGGAGGAGGAUGUACUCUUUUGAGACUAUCCGCCAAAGUUGAUGCCAUCAAGGAGAGCCUGGCAAAUGAUGAGGAGAAGGUUGGAGCUGAUAUUGUCAAGAGAGCUUUGAGUUACCCUCUGAAGCUAAUUGCAAAAAAUGCUGGUGUUAAUGGAAGUGUUGUCAGUGAGAAGGUUCUUUCAAGUGAUAACCCAAAAUAUGGAUACAAUGCUGCAACGGGCAACUAUGAAGAUUUGAUGGCUGCUGGAAUCAUUGAUCCAACCAAAGUUGUGAGGUGUUGCUUGGAGCACGCUUCAUCAGUGGCAAAGACUUUUUUGAUGUCUGAUUGUGUGGUGGUUGAGAUUAAGGAACCUGAACCAGCCUUGGCUCCAAACCCCAUGGAUAACUCUGGUUAUGGUUACUAGGUUCGAUCAGCAAAAAAGACAGCAGAGCGACAUGGGUAUGGGCUGCUUCUAAUUGCCGGUUUUUGUAAAUUUUUAGUUUAUUUUUAACGGGAAGCAAAUUAAACCUUGGUGGGAUUGCAGACCUCCUGGGUGUUGCCUAGUGGCUCGAGAUGCAUUGUGCAAGGAUUUGACGAUCUAUUAAAUUAAAUAAUCUUUGGAAUUUUCACAAACCGAUUUAUCUCUUUGCUUCUUUUGAACUCCCUCGACUCUUAUCCUUAUUUCUAUCGAUUUAUAAAGAAAAUAUAAAAAAAGAAAUGCAAAUGACACCAUCAUAUACUCCCUCUGUCAGUCUGUCCCAUAAAAUAAUUCCUGCAUUAACUUGGAUUGGAGUUUAAGAAAGUCAG